AUGUGCGCUUGUGUGUCGAUAAUUGGCAAGGAUAAUUCACCGCUGUACAUUGCAACAGCUAAUGUGGACAAGGAGAUUGAACUGCAGUACCAGGUGCACGCGUCACUGGAUGUGAUUGAAGAAAAGUGCGCAUCUAGCCAGAAGCAAUCAGCUGACGGGCGAGAGCUGUACUUGGGUUUAUUAAUUUCAACGGAGGUCUACAAGAUUUACGGUUACGUGACCAACACAAAAGUAAAGUUUGUGAUUGUAAUCGAUUCGAGCAAUACUUCCUUUCGGGAGAAUGAAGUUCGUGCGAUGUUCAGAAAUUUACAUUCUUUUUACACCGAUGCUGUGUGUAAUCCAUUCUACAUACCUGGUGAGCCUUUAACUUCUAAGCAGUUUGAUAAGAAUGUUAGAAACAUAAUUACUAUCACUUAA